AAAGAUAGACUUUUAUUUUGAAGGGGCAGCAGCGGUGAUCUGUUGCCUUCAAUAUUUGUGGAGUAAAGUAUUUCUUUUUCCUGCUCGCCGUGCGGUAGGAGACUCGAUCGGGUAUCGAAAAUCUUCCUGAAUUUGGACCGAAUGUUGUGAAUCCUCGACACGGGACGCCCCUGAUCACUACUUUCACGGACUAAAACAUAAUUCGUGCAGUCUUCGUGUCUGGUUGGAGUUGUUUCCUGCACAUCGAAGCUUCUCGGCAUAGGUUAGCUUGCUAACAAAGAGACGCGUUUGUGAUCAACACAUCUCUCAUCAGAAAUUAAUCCUGAAGUAAAGUCUUCUUCUUUUCGCCACCAACUGAACGUGUUGUGAAAAUGUGUGCAAGAAGGACUGGAGAGUACGAGGAAGAAGUUUGUGGACCUAAAAAGGAGGAGGAGCCACAACGUCAACUACUGGACGCAGUGUUCAAUCUGCAGCCUCGGAUUGUCCUACGCAGAGCAGAAAUCAGUGAAAAUCUUCAUCCAGAGCAGCAGCAGUCAAUUUCCUGUCACAUCAAAGAAGAAGAGAAGGGUGAAGGGGUUCAGUGCAUUCAAGAGGAGAAGCAAGAAAUUGUCCACGUGAAAGAGGAAGAGCAGGAGGAAAGCAUCCAAGUUCCUGCCACUGUUGUCCAAUUGAAGAGUGAAGAUGGUCAAAGUGAGGAGAGUCAAGGGGCGGACCCUCCAAACAGGAACAGCUCAAGUGAUGGAGACCAUUGUGAAGGAUCACAAACAGACGGCCAUGAUGAUGAUGAUGAUUAUGAUGAUGAACAGUCAGAUUUGACCUGUCACACUGCCAACAAAAGCUGGAAAUGCCCACAGUGUAGGAAAGCGUUUGUUUUUAUGAGAAAUUUGAAACGACACAUGAAAAGACACACAGACAUCACAGAAGAUCUUCGAAUGAAGUGGCAGGAGCCCGAUCCUCUUCACAUUAAAGAGGAAAUUGAUGAAGAGGGGCCGAUUUCAAUUAAAAAAGAGAAGGAAGAAAAGCAACCCCACAUCAAACAGGAAAAGGAGGAGGAUACCAGCAAAUUUCCAAUGACUGGUGUCCCUAUGAAGAGUGAAGAUGAAGGUAAAAGUGAGGAGAGCAGAGGGGGGGAGCCUCCAAGCAGCAGCUUAAGGCAACACAUGAGAAGAGAAAGUGAUGGAGACCAAAACAGAGGAUCAUACCUAGGUGGACUCUUAGCGCCACUAUCACAUCAUGAUGACCUGACAUCAGAGUCUCCUGACACUGAUGAUGAUGAACAAUGUGAAGGCAGCAGCACGGCGGUGCAACUUUCGAGCGUCGGCCUUGCACUUCUGAGGACUGGGAUGUUUUCAGAUGGCAUUGAAUAUCUUCAUCCAGAGCAGCAGCAGUCAGUGUCCGGUCACACCAAAGAAGAAGAGGAGGGUGAAGGGGUUCAGUGCAUUCAAGAGGAGAAGCAAGAAAUUGUCCACGUGAAAGAGGAAGAACAGGAGGAAUGCAUCCAAGUUCCUGCCACUGGUGUCCAAUUGAAGAGUGAAGAUGGUCAAAGUGAGGAGAGUCAAAGGGUGGACCCUCCAAGCAGGAGGAGCUCAAGUGAUGGAGACCAUUGCGAAGGAUCUCAAACAGACGGUCAAUAUGAAAAACCUUUUUUAUGUCCAGUUUGUGAUAAAAGAUUCACUAAGAAGCAAAACUUAAAAUUACACACAAGAACACACACUGGUGAGAAACCUUUUUCCUGUUCAGUUUGUUGUCAAAGAUUCACUCGGAAGGAACACUUGAAAAUGCACACAAGAAAACACACUGGUGAGAAACCUUUUUCAUGUCCAGUUUGUAAUAAAAGAUUCACUGAGAAGGGAAACUUAAAAAUACACAAAAGAACACACACUGGUGAGAAACCUUUUUCUUGUCCAGUUUGUAAUAAAAGAUUCACUGAGAAGGGAAACUUAAAAAUACACAAAAGAACACACACUGGUGAGAAACCUUUUUCCUGCUUAGUUUGUGGUCAAAGAUUCACUCAAAAGGCAAACUUAAAAAUACACACAAGAACACACACUGGUGAGAAACCAUUUUCAUGUCUAGUUUGUGAGAAAAGAUUCAACGAGAAGAGAUUAUUAAAAAUACACACAAGAACACACACUGGUGAGAAACCUUUUUCAUGUCCAGUUUGUGAUAAAAGAUUCACUGAGAAGAGACUAUUAAAAAUACACACAAGAACACACACUGGUGAGAAACCUUAUUCAUGUACAGUUUGUGACAAAAGAUUCACUGAGAAGGGAAAAUUAAGAAUACACACAAGAACACACACUGGUGAGAAACCCUUUUCCUGCUUAGUUUGUGGUCAAAGAUUCACUCAGAAGGGAACCUUAAAAACACACACAAGAACACACACUGGUGAGAAACCUUUUUCCUGCGCAGUUUGUGGUCAAAGAUUCUCCAACAAGAAUAGCUUAAAAAUACACACAAGAACACACAGUGAUGAGAAACCUGUUUCCGGCCGAGAUGCGGCCAAAGAUUAUCUUAGAAUGAAAGUUUGAAAUGACACAAGAACACACACAAGUAAGAAACUUUUGCCUGCUUAUUUUGGUUAAACGUUCUCUUCUAAGUACAGUGAUCCCUCGUUUUCACGGUUAAUAGGGACCAGACUCCCCACCACCCCAACCCCACUGUGAAAUGUGAAAAACCGAAUAACCUACCCCACAACACACAUACAAAACCACGCUCCACCCACACCAGAGGAGUUUUCGUCUAGGUGUAUGGGGCUACCAGAAUGAUUAAAAUACUGAAACAGUAUUUAUACUUUACAUAUUAUAGCCAAGAUUAUAACAGUAUGUAUGUAUGUAUAUAUAUAUAUAAAUGUAUUUACUUAAAUCUUUGUCAUCACCUGAACUCUGGAAUAUAAUGCCCAAAAUAUGACAAGAAGAGUCACUAGACAGUCUCCAUCACCGUUCUGUACUGUCUUGCGUGCUUUUUUUUUUCUCCCCCCGAAAACACACAAGGUCAAGAGGGAGCGGUGAGCAAGCAAGUUAAAGCCAUAUUUUUUGAUAAUGAUGUGUGUGUGUUAUUAUCGGGAGAUCAGGAGUCAGUUGGUGUACCUGUGUGGGGACUGCGCAUACUGUUUGUGCAAAGAAUCUUUGAAGCAAGGAUAAUACUUUGGCUUUGUAGCAAAUCCAUAAUAACAAUAUUAACAAAAAUUCUAACAAUCUUUAGUUCUAAAGCCUUUGCUAAUCUUUCCUGCAAAAGUCACCUGACCGUGACUGGGAAUCUCUCUCUCUCUCUCUCUCUCACGCUCUCUCUCUCUCUCUCUCUCUCUCUCUCUCUCUCUCUCUCUCUCUCUCUCUCUCUCUCUCUCUCUCUCGCACACACACAGCAAAGGAGAGGCUCCUAGAGGUUUUAAGUUCACUCACCUACAGCAUUGCAAUGCGAUGAUUGUCAACACGGUGCUUGAAGAAGUACGUGUAGCCGUCCUCUUCAAAAAAUUGCCCUUUUCAUCCAUGUUAAAACACAAUGCAGGGUCCAACAAGGAGAAAGGUGCCCUGUCUGAAGUCUUGGUGGACAUCCCAGUAGGCACCAUAGUGCCCAUGCCAUUUGCUGCACAAAGUGGUUGAUUCCUCCCGCUGGAUCCCAAAAAGGAUAAAAGUGCUCCCAAAUAGGAACCAAUUCCUCCCGUUGGAUCCAUAGAAGGAAAAAAAUGCCUGUGGCGUUACCACUUCUAGGGUGUCGCAAAGGAAGCUUUCGCUGGGGCGCAAUGUUGAGGUGGUAUUGUAACUACAUAAUCAAAAAAAUUUAUCACUUUAAAAACUAAAAAGUUAUCACGAACAUAUUACUUGGGUGGUGGGAGGUGAAACUUUUUUGUAUUCUGUGUAGCAACUGUUAUUGUAUCUUCGAUCCGUAACAAAGGUCUCUUGUCCUCAAACAGCGGUUGAUCUGAUUUGAGCUUUUCUGAUCCUUAAAAGCAAAAAUAUCAGGUUAAUCAUAAUAUUUUCAGAUUAUUAAGAUGUCUUGAGUAGAAAUGUCUGCAUAUGUUUUGGUGAUGACUGACAGUUUUGGGAGUUGAAGCCACAUUUCUUGGGCGAGCCUUGCAAGGAAGUGAUACCCUGCCGUGUUUGUCAUUUGUAGGAUGACGUCCUUUUCCAUCCCAAUCCAUCAAUUGUUUUGUUGUUUUUUAUGCACAAUAAAUUUGUGAGGAAACAUAAUUUUGGGGUACUAGCUAUUUUUUAUGUUAUGUAACUAUAUACGUCAACAAUGUAAGAUACACAACUAACUUGAACAAAGCUGUGUUUAAAAACUCGAGAAAGAUUUUUUUUUGUUUAUUAUUUCUUGAAAAGUUUUCAUUUUGAAGGUCAGGAUUCCACCUGACAGCGAUGUAUAAAAAUAUGACGAAUUACUGCCACUUCAGACAUUGGUAGAUUCCUUUUCCCACACCGGCUUUGCCAGUGCUUUUUAAUGUUGUUUUUUAUUCAUGAAAAGCGGCAUUCAAAAGGGAAUUAGUUGUUUAUCAAUUGCUACAAAAUGUAUUUUUCAGCCGGCAUGGUGGAUCAGCUGGUAAAGCGUUGUCCUCACAGUUCUGAGGCCCCGGUUCAAUCCCGGACCCGCCUGUGUGCAGUUUGCAUGUUCUCUCUAUGCCUGCGUGAGUUUUCUCCGGGCACUCCGGUUUCCUCCCACAUUCCAAAAACAUGCAACAUUAAUUGGAUACUCUAAAUUACCCCUAGGUGUGAUUGUGAGUGCGGCUGUUCGCCUCAAUGUGCCCUGCGAUUUGCUGGUAAUCAAUUCAGGGUGUACCCUGCCACCUGCCCGUUGACAGCUGGGAUAGGGUCUAGCACUGCCCGUGACCCUCGUGAGGAUAAGCGGUGAUGAAAAUGGAUGGAUGGAUGGAUGUAUUUUUCAUUUUCCUGAGCAUGCAUGCAUUCUGUCACAUGUUUGAGUCAUGUCAAUGUCAAAUAAGUGAAUAGUUGAUUGAAACACUGGAAAGAAUGACUUUUGGUGGUAAAA